GGUCCUCCGCCGCGUUUUGCUAUCCCUGCAAUAUUUCUUGUAUAUAUACGACAAGUGACUCACAGUAUCUUGCGUGUUCAGAAUGCAUUAUGCUGCCCUCAUCAUCAUCUCACUUCUUACAACAGUUAGCGCGUCAUAUCAAAACCCUCUCAUUUACGAGUAUCCAUUCGCUGGUACCAAAGAAGACAAACGAGAAUCCUCGUCAUACAAGUUCAAAUGGCCAAUACACAAAGUUGCAAUAAUCGGCGCUGGGGGAGGAGGUCUCGUCGCCUACCGCGAAUUCAAACGUAUGGGGUACCAAGUCCGCAUCUUCGAAAGGGAUUCUGUUCCGGGUGGGAAUUGGCAUUAUACAGACGAAGUUCCGCAGAAUGCGCCUGUACCGAACCUGGACCCAUCUGAAGCUGACUUUCGACCGCACAUUCCCCCAAGUGACGUGCUCCUACCAUAUGAAGAGAAUUUCGUCGGUAUUGAGCCCGGCAAAAUGCUAAAUGCCAGGCGGGAACACAGGGCACCAAAGCCGAUUUGGCAUUCCCUGACGUCGACUGCUCCCAAGCAAAACCAAGAGCUCAGAGAACUGCCUUGGCCAGACCAUACCCCGUUGACAUUAACUCAAAACCAUUUACAACGUUACGUCCGCACGUUUGCUUCCCUUCAUGAGAUCAACAGUAAUGACAAUAGCCCCAACACAUCAUACAACACCCGUGUGGAACGCGUCGACAAGCGUUUUGACGCAGAUGGAAGAAAAGUUGGAUGGACCCUUACACUGCGCAAGUUCAUUGAGACUGGACCAACUUCUUACAAAAUACAAUGGUGGACAGAGGAUUUCGAUGCAAUCGUGGUCGCGUCAGGCCGCUUCUCCGCUCCCAAUCUCCCUCGUAUACCUGGUCUUUCACAAUGGGCACAACUCUACCCGGAACUCAUCUCCCACUCCCGUCAAUAUCGUCGUCCGGAAGAGUUUGCUAACCAGACUGUUUUGGUUGUAGGUGGUUCUGUCAGCGGGACAGAGAUCGCUGAAGAUAUAAGCGGGAAGGCAAAGAAGGUAUUUUUAAGUGUCAGGCCGCAUGAAGAUUCUGUUUUCCGCGAAACAAGAAAUAUGUACCUAUCACGAGUGCCCAACAAUGUGUCCAUCGUGCCAGAAAUCAAGUUCUUCCACCCGUUGCCAAUUCGACCGACAGAUUCUAGCUCUGGAAUUCAAUCAGGAGAAAUCGAAUUGAUCAAUGGCACUCUGCUACGAGGAUUUGAUAAGGUCAUAUUUGCCACUGGAUUCCGAUAUGCGUUUCCUUUUCUGCCACAAUACCACGAUGCUUCUCUACGUCCUAAUGAAACAAUUCCGUCUGCAAGCGGACGACCCCAACCACUCGUUACGGAUGGAACGCACAUUCGGAGUCUUCAUUUAGAUCUGUUCUACAUCGAGGAACCGACGAUAGGAUUUAUCAACAUGAACCUAGGCAUCGAGUCAUUCAUGUACUCUGAGUUCGCCGCUUCCGCUAUUGCUAAGGUCUGGGCAGGUCAAGCAAAGCUACCAUCCACAAAGCAAAUGUGGGAGCUACAUUGGAAGCGCGUAAGGGAUGCUGGAGGGGCAUACGGGGGACAAUUCAUGUAUCUGGGAAGUGCAAAGGAAGCAGCUAUGGUUCGAUACAUUGUUGGUUGGCUGAACGAAGACGCCGUGAAAUACGGUGGACAUCAGAUUGACGGUCCGUCAGAAAAUCGUCAUCAAGUAUUCCUGGUCUGGGUCGUAGCUCAAUUUCCUGAUUACAACGUCAAGUCCAAUCAGUCAGCUUUUAGUGUUAGCGGUGGAAGCUUCGGAUUAGAUGUUGAAGAGCAACGAAGGCUCGUCGAAACAUGGACUGCUGGGAGGGAUGAUUGGUGAAACGUACAUAGACGUUGGGAGUUUGAACUGCAUUAGAAAAUCGCAUUUCGCGGUAGAUGAAUGUACAAUUUUCAGUUUUCUAGUUUUCCUUACUUUCUCUGUUAACUAGAACAUAAGCGUGGGUUGGUAUGUAUAAGUACUCUAUCCGAUACAAAAUCUGCAACAAAAAAAACUAAAAC